UGGAAAACGAGGCAACAACCAUCCCAUUUCCGAGUGUUUUGGUGCAUUUUUACACACGACAGAGGUACUCUAGAGUGUCAAAGUGAUGUGAAUGUUUCUUUGGAGUGGGUUUCAGAUUAAAUCUGACCUUAAUGUAGACUGAAUUUGUAUAGACAACGUAGGGUUUGUUAUGAAGGAUUCGCCGUUGAAGAUUCAGGAGAUUAACGUGAGCUAAAAGUAGCUAGUAUUGCUAAUAAUACAAGCGGUGAGUUUGUGGACCAAGUGACCUGUUUGCCCUGUUUCAAUCGGACACGAAACACUGUUGUAAUGCAUGUAAAGGAAUGCAUCCUGUCUGCUCCAGGGAAGGCAAUACUACAUGGAGAACAUGCUGUUGUGCACGGGAAGAUGGCCCUUGCAGUCAGUUUGAAUCUGAGAACGUAUUUAAGACUAAAAGCUACUAGUGAUGGUAAAGUUUGCAUCAACUUUCCCAAUAUCAGCACCUUACUGUGUUGGGAUCUGACGGAACUGAAGCUGCUUGUUCCUGACACUUGUGGUAAAAAGGAAGAUGGCAAACUUCUGAAUGCUGAAUUAGUGAAGUGUCUGCGGGAGUUUGUUGGAGUAACAAAUGGAAACUUGGACACAUCCAAUAUGGCUACUUUGGCAUUCCUUUACAUUUAUUAUUCCAUCUUUGGAACAGGUGAACUACCCAGCUUGACAGUGACUGUGUGGUCUGAGCUUCCUACUGGAGCAGGACUAGGAUCCAGUGCUGCCUUCUCUGUUUGUUUGGCUGCAGCUCUGCUCUGUGCAAGUGGAGCUAUCACUGCACCUCUUAGAGAAUCAGAACACACUGCCAGGUGGUGUCAGGAGGGACCUAGAGCUUCAAACAGUUGGGCGUUUCAAGGGGAGAUGAUCAUUCAUGGCAAUCCUUCAGGAGUUGACAAUGCUGUUGGAACUUGGGGUGGUAUGUUGAGAUUUCUCUCAGGAAAAAUUAUACCACUAAGCAGAGUACCAUUAUUAAGAAUCCUACUGACUAACACCAAAGUACCUCGUAGCACUAAAGUACUUGUGGCUGGAGUGAAGGACAAAAUUAAUAAGUUUCCUACAAUUAUGACCCCUGUGCUUGACUCGGUGGAUGCCAUUUCCUGCACUUGUGAGAAAGUACUUUCAGAAAUGACCCAUGAGCCAAUUACCGGAGAGCACUACAACAUCCUAGAGGAGCUCAUUGACAUAAAUCAACACCACCUCAAUGUCAUGGGGGUGGGACAUCCGGCUUUGGACACUUUAUGUCGGGUCACACUGGCCAGAGGACUCCACAGCAAACUCACUGGAGCAGGAGGAGGAGGCUGUGGCAUCACGCUUCUCAGGCCUGAAACCAGCACAUCUCUUGUCCAGAGCACAGUGCAAGAUCUAAGAGACUGUGGAUUUGAUUGCUGGGAAACAAGUAUUGGUGGUCCAGGCAUUCAGCAGCACUCGCCACAUGCAGUUAAGGAUGACAUUUUAGAGAUUUUAAACCAUUACUGAUUUAAAUCUUUUACCGUUUAAGUUCCAUAGUGACUAAUCUAUUUGCCUGCUUCUCUGACUGCCACUUACGGACUAUUUCUGUGGUCGCAUGGAUACAGUAGAUACUUUACAUUUCAUUAUGCAUUCAGUGUCCUCACUCGUCAGCCAUAGUUGCCCUGGGCCGCCAGUUUGCACAAAAAGCCUCUCUCACCAUCUGGAAUCGCACACCACAUUCUUACUUAUUCUUAUUCAGCUGGGUAUCUUACCCAAGUACACAAUGUCAGCUCAUUUCUCAUUUCCAUAAACUGUAAUUAUUAUCUGUUUCUAAGUUGUCAUUUUUGUAGCUCAUGCAAAUUGAUGUAAUUGUAAUAUGUUUGUCAAUUCUGAUCAUUUAUUUGAAACCAUAGUA